GCUCACUAGUCGCAUUAUGCAGUGAGCAUCGAAAGCAUUCAAAAAUCUGAAAACUGUGCUGAAAAUGAACAAUCAAUGCAGAGAGGCAGUGAAAUCUUACAAUCUAACAAACCAUUAAUGAGGAUGCAAGCGUGUGGCCUCUUAAUUAAAAGAUCUCUCUCGUGCUACAAGGGGAUUAUACCAUUAACAGAUGCUCGCUGGCAAACAGGAUUCGGCCGAAGCAUAACUCACGGCAGCCGCCGCGGCAAUCAUUCCAUUCCACACUCCACACGCGUCAGAGAGCGGGACGAGUAUUCAGGCCAUCUCCAGGCCGACAUCCUGGCAUCCCGCUCGUAUUUCCGGUGUGCGCGCGCUCGAAACGAUUGUGAUAGCUACGCACAAAAAAAGAUGUCUGCUCGCUAAUGUUUGUUUGGGGAAAUUUGCUUACAAGAAGAGCCAGCCCGAGCCAGCCCAAGUACAAACACAAAUACUCGUACAAUAAAUAAUAAAUGAGGCGUGUGCAGACCGUUUAUAAUGUCUGACAAGGCAAAAGUUGAUGAUUUUGUGUACGAGAUGCGACCGUCCGAUAAUGAAAUUUAUUCCCGCUGAUGCGGGAUGCUGAUGCUGCUGCUGCUGCCCAAGUUAAAGCCGUUUUGCAUUUCACUUUUGGGGGAAACUUUAAGCCAGUGGAGACAGUGGACGUUGCACGUUGUGUGGCAUAAAUUUCGUUGGCAUAAAUCAAAAUUCAGCAACUUCCGACGAGGGCAGAGUGCAAAAAUUUGCAUGCCCUGUGCUUCUGGCUGUGCUUGUUCCACGGGGCUAACUGCAGACUGGCCAAAAAGGAUCCAGCUAACAAUGGUCUGCACUCCCCCUCUUCCUCUCUCUGGACAUUAGAAAUGCACGCUCAAAUGGCUGCCACCCACGCACAGCACGGGGCAGCAGAAGCAGCAGCAGCACUCAUACGCAACGUUGCCCCAGUCCAAAGAGCGGGACUGUACUCGUACUCCUACCCGUACACACAAUAAAUAACAAGCCAGAUAAUUAUGCACGUCGUGCUUAUAUCUAAGGGAGCUCCACUUGUCCGCCAAACAGCCAGCACCACUAUUAAUUAUGCUGGCAAAAAGAGCGUGAGGCGCGAAGCGGAGUGGGAGCGAGCUACCAAAACGUGUUGGAGCCUUGGCAAUUAGAGCGAUUGUUUUGCCCCAAAAAGGCCUCUUAAAAUUGCAGUCUUUAAUUGUGGGCCCAGGCGUUAUGAUUUAUGAAUAUCUUUCCGUUGUUGUGUAGUUGUGCUAUGAGAGUCAAGUGGAAUCCAUUGUUUAGCCAACAGCCAGCCAUUGAGGCUUCACAGGCUUGCGCCAUGUACGAGAAUUCGUGUUCGUAUCAAACGGCGCUGGACCUGAAGCGCGUCUCACCGCCAACACUGGCCCAGGUGAAGACCGAGGACUGCCUGACAUUGGGGCAGUGCUCGCCGGACUGGACCUCGUACCGCUUCCAUCAGUCCACCUUUGAGCAGCUAAAGCAGAGCGUGGAGAAGGCCAAGGCGGCGCUGCAGGAUCGCAGCAGUUUCUUUGGGGCCACCAGUGCUUUCAGUGACAUCUACUCCAGCCAGCGACUGACAGACAGCCUCGACACCCUGCCCGUUCAGACUGGGAAUGGGGCUGGAAAUUGCCUGGGUUUGCCGCACAAUCACGGCCCUGGUGUUGGUGUCGGAGUGGGCGUCGGCGUUGGUGUUGGCGUGGGCGUGGCCGGAGUGCUAAACUACAAUGCGGUGAGCAGCAGCACGGCCGGAGUGAGCAGCAGCGUGCAACGCCAUCGUCUGGAUACAUUGCAGCCACCCGCUGGCUGUUCACCCGCCGGCACACAGCAUGGCGUCAUCACGUCCAGCGCUGGCCAGGUCACAUCCGGCACUUUGGAUGCGGUUAGUGCGGCACCGGCACUGCCAUCGCUAACGGCCUCCAGCACAUCCCAUGUGGAGCACAAAGUGCGAGCAGAUAAAUCCUCGUUGGACUGCGCCACAACAUCCUCGCACACCGCCGUGCCCUCGUCCUCGUCCGCCUCCAGUGACCAGCAUCAGCAGCAGCACCAGCAGCAGCAGCAGGGCAGGCACAGCGGAAGUAAGAGCAGCAGCAGCAGCGCCAGUGGUGCAGCAGGAGUCGGAGGAAGCGUCGGUGGAACAGCAGCAGGAGCUGGCAGCUCGGCACUGUAUUCCUCGUACAAAUCGUCGUGGGGUUCCCACAGUUCGACCCAAUCGCAAGGCUACAGUUCCAAUGCCUUGAGCAUCAAACAUGAUCCGCACUCGCAACUACGGCAACCUGAUCCAUAUCAAAUGUUCGGACCCACCAGCAGCAGGCUGGCCAGUUCAGGCUCCGGACAGAUACAAUUAUGGCAAUUCCUGCUCGAACUGCUGUCGGACUCGAACAACGCAGCCUGCAUCACCUGGGAGGGCACCAACGGUGAGUUCAAGCUCACAGAUCCCGACGAGGUGGCACGCCGCUGGGGCGAGCGCAAGUCCAAGCCGAACAUGAACUACGACAAACUAAGUCGCGCCUUGAGAUAUUAUUACGACAAGAACAUCAUGACCAAGGUGCAUGGCAAGCGGUAUGCGUACAAAUUCGAUUUCCAAGGCCUGGCAGCUGCCACACAGCCGGCGGCCAGCGAUCCCACCUACAAGUAUCAGAGCGACUUGUUCAUGACACCAUAUCAUCACAGCGCCAAGCUCAGCUCGUUCAUGAGUCCCCACCAUGGCAUGACCUCGUCAUCGGCAUCCAUCUUUCCAUCGGCUGCUUCGUGGGGCAAUUGGGGCAGUCCGGCCACGAAUCUGUACCAGCCGCACUCGAUGAGCCAUGUGACGCCCUCCCAUGUGGCGCCGCAUCUGAGCAGCUAUCCCCACUACGCAUGACCAUCAUCGUCCGGUGGCGCCUUCUAAUAUGAGAGCAAUGCCAUCGCCAGUGCCACAGGCAUUGGCGGCGGCACUGCAGCAACAGGCGUCGGCGGCAUAGUCGGAUCGGGCACGGCAACGGGUGGCCUGGGCUCCACUUCCAGCAGCACCAGCAGCGGCAACGGGGGCGGCGGCGUAUCCAGUUUGAUGAGCGGCUUUGGCAGCGCCAGCAGCAACAGCAACCUCAAUGGCUCGCAUGUCUCGAGCAGCGGUGGAGCUGGGGGUGCGACCAGUGUAAGCAAUAAUCUGAAUAUAGCCACGGCCACCUUGACGGCGGCCCCGGCCCAUGCCAGUGCCGGGUUCGGGGCCAUUGGGAGUCUCAGUGUGGCUGGCAUGGGCGUGGGCGUCGGGGUGGGUGGCGGCAGCUCGACGCUCAAUUCCCUGGUCGUGGGCAACCGCCUGAUGAAUAGCAGCCUGCCGACGCUGCUCAAAUGAUGUCACCUGGAGAAGUUCGGACUGACGAUGGGCGCAGGACCAUCACCGCCAGCGGCCACGCCCGCCGCAGGCACUGCCGUCAGUCUGGACAACAUGCCGCCGUAUCCUGGUCAUCCCGGUCAUCCUGUCCAUCACGGACAUCCUGCGCAUCCUGGGAAUUAUGGCGCCAACGAGCGUGCCCUCUACGAUUAUCUGGAUAUGAAGAGCGGCGAGCAGGCCACAUUUUUACUGUAAAUGCAAAACUUGUAACCAGAACCACCAGAAAAUGAAUCCAAACGAAACGCAAGAAACUCGAAUACUCGAAUAUUUGAGCGGAUUUUAUUCUUAGAACUUUAGCGCAAAAAACCAACCCCCAAAACAGAGUAUUUUAUGUGUGUGCGAAUGAGUUCGAAUGAGUGUGUUGAGUGUGAGUGCGAGUGCAUAGAAUAGUUUUCGUUUUCGUUAUGGCUGCUCCACCAAAAUAUACGAUUGAGAAACCCCAAAUAUGUAGGAGGAGUAUGCCCCGUAGUUAUCAAUCUGCAAAUUUGCAAAGGCGUAAUACAAAACUCAAACUUCUCAGUGUUUUUAGUGUAACCAAAUGAAAAGCCAAGCAAAAGUUAUUGCGAAAACUCUUUCUCGCUACAAUAGAAUCCUCAAGUUUCCACUUGAACAAUUCUCGUAUAUUGUUCGCAAUUGUUGUUAGCAUUUUCUCUGUCUGCAAAUGAAAACUCAAGAAGUGUAAAUAGAAAUAGAGAUUAGUGGACUACAAUGCUCCAAAAUUAAAGCAGAUUUAGAACAUAAAAAAAAUGUAGCACCAACAAAACGCCCCACAGUGAAUAUCUAGUUAUAGAAGUUUGCCACAUCUUUGCUUCAAUUUACGAUCUGUAAAUAAAUAAAUACGAAUAUUUGCCAUAUGCAAAAAAUCUAAGUGUAAAAAUGUUUAGUAAUAAAAAAAACAAAGUAGUUUCUAUGUGUGUGUUUCAAAUGGUUUUUGCAUUCAGUUUCGGUUCCCCAGCCCUGAUUUGGGGUCAUGCGAAUACAUCCUUAGGUUUUUCCCUAUCGCUUAUCCUUUCGAGAUGGUUGACUGUGAUAGUUGAUUGUACAGUUAAAACUCUUAAAUAUUUUUUAAAUACCAAAUUAUAUACGAACCGGAAUAUUUAAAUAAAUUAAACAUAAUAAUCUAAACGAAAACCAAAACUAGACCUACUCUAUACGAAUAAAUAUAUAUUUGUGUGUAAAAAAAGAAAUCUUUUUAAACCCUAAGUCCACGUUUACUAUAGCAUUACCUAUAAAUACGAAAUAUGUACUAUGAUAUUUGAAUGUGUGUAACUAUUUCAAUGUGUGUGAAUUAAUAAAUUCAAAUGCAAAUACAUACACAUACACAUACAGGAAAUACCACAAGGCAAACUUAAUGCCAUCGAUCUAAAUGUAUACAAUUUUUAAAUUCUGAAUGUACGAAACUCUACGAAAACAAUGGAGA